UUAACAUAAAAAACAAAACAAAGUGAGCAAGCAAAUGCCCCAAAAAACCAAAAGCAAAGCGUAGCGUUGCUCCAGCUGCCGGCGGCCUGGACAUAAAAGUUUCUACGAUCUUUUGGCUCUCAGAAGAAACUUCUUUUUUCUCUUUGCUCGAAUCUCUCUAAUACUUCAGUCCUGAACUCUCUGAAACACCACCACCACUACAGGCACAGAGAGAGAAGAAGAAGAAGAGAAUGGCCACAGCUGCUUUCAACUUAGCUCUAAUAAACCCGUCGACUUUCAUUCUUCCAAAGUCUCCAAACCCUACAAAGCUUAGGGUUUGCACUCUCAGAUGCUCCUCCGCCACCACAAACGCGGUCCCAGGUUUGUCAGAGAGACCUUGGAAGACUUCAGAUGCUAGACUUGUGCUUGAAGAUGGUUCAAUCUGGAGAGCAAAGUCAUUUGGUGCUACAGGAACCCAAGUUGGUGAAGUUGUAUUCAACACAUCCUUGACCGGGUAAGAUGACUUAAUGGUGC